CCGUCGCCCGUGAGGUGCGAAGGGGGCCGGGGAGGGAGAACGACAGACCGAACGACCCACCGACCGACAGACCGACCGACUGACCGACGGCUACGGCCGAGUCGAGAUGGUGAAGCUGUUCAUCGGCAACCUGCCCCGAGAGGCGACGGAGCAGGAGAUCCGCUCCCUGUUCGAGCAGUACGGGAAGGUGCUGGAGUGCGACAUCAUUAAGAACUAUGGCUUCGUGCACAUCGAGGACAAGACGGCCGCCGAGGACGCCAUCCGCAACCUGCACCACUACAAGCUCCACGGGGUCAACAUCAACGUGGAGGCCAGCAAGAACAAGAGCAAGGCCUCCACCAAGCUGCACGUGGGCAACAUCAGCCCCACCUGCACCAACAUGGAGCUGCGGGCCAAGUUUGAGGAGUACGGCCCCGUCAUCGAGUGCGACAUCGUGAAGGAUUACGCCUUCGUGCACAUGGAGCGGGCGGAGGAUGCCGUGGAGGCCAUCCGGGGGCUGGACAACACAGAGUUUCAAGGCAAACGAAUGCACGUGCAGUUGUCCACCAGCCGGCUUCGGACCGCGCCCGGGAUGGGAGACCAGAGCGGCUGCUAUCGGUGCGGGAAAGAGGGGCACUGGUCCAAAGAGUGUCCGGUAGAUCGUGUGGGCCGCGUGGCGGACUUUACCGAGCAGUAUAAUGAGCAGUACGGAGCGGUGCGCACGCCCUACACCGUGGGCUACGGGGAGUCAGUGUAUUACAGCGACGCGUACGGAGCGCUCGACUACUAUAAGCGCUACCGUGUCCGGUCCUAUGAGGCGGUGGCGGCGGCGGCGGCGGCCUCCGCGUACAACUACGCAGAGCAGACCAUGUCCCAGCUGCCGCAAGUUCAGAACACAGCCAUGACCAGCCACCUCACGUCCACCUCGGUCGACCCCUACGAUAGACACCUGUUACCGACCUCGGGAGCCGCCGCCGCCACGGCCGCGGUAGCCGCCGCCGCUGCCACUGCCGCCACUGCGGCCUCUUCUUCCUAUUACGGGCGGGACCGGAGUCCCCUGCGUCGCGCCGCAGCCGCGGUCCCCACGGUUGGAGCGGGCUACGGUUACGGGCCCGAGAGCGAGCUGUCCCAGGCUUCGGCGGCCGCGCGGAGCUCGUUGUACGACGUGGCCCGCUACGAGCGGGAGCAGUACGCGGACCGGGCGCGGUACUCGGCCUUUUAAAGCUCGAGGUAGGAUAUUUGCAGGCUGAAAACCCUUGGGCUGUGGUCGAACGUGAGAACUCAUCCCGCACAGUCCCCUUUCCCAGGAUGUGCCCGUUGCUUCAUGUUUCAGUAAAUGAAGGAGUUUGUGACCAGCUGUGUUCUUUCUUAUUUAAGUAUUCCCAUCCCCCCCACCCCCCUCCCGACAGUAGCUUUCCACUGUUUUUCUUCUUUCAUUGUCUUUCCUCUGCCCCGAGUUGCUCUGCCGUGGCAGGGACUGUGGCCUCCCCUGUCCUGAGGACUUUGGGAUUCCUCUGACUUCUGUUAGGAAUCAACAGCAUCUCCUUCCCCUUAACUAUGAUUCUCAAGUGGCAAGUAGCCCGGUUUCUUUCACCCCCUCCUCCUUUGGCUUUGGACUAUAACAUUGCCAUUAAUCUUCUAGGACUUUUUUUUCCUUUUGUUUUUUUGUUUUUGUUUUUUUACAUUUGACCUGUGAUCGUGUUCCAGCCUAGGCUGAAAUUUAGCCUUGUUAUGACCUCCCCCCCCCACACACACUCUUUUUGACAAAUAAACGUUUCUAACCCUCAAGUA